AUGAGAGUAAACAACAAUCCACAUAGCGAUACUAAAACUCCUAGUAUGGAAAGAAGUCCAUCUUUGUUCAUGAUACCAAGUGAAAUAAGGGUCAUGCCCAUUGCAGGAAUAAAGUGAGUGAAGGGUAGGGGGAUAGCUAUUAAUAUUGCACAAAGCAGCAUUAUGAUAGAUAAAAUUUUCUCGCCCGGUCCAUAGAAGAUAAAGGACAUUCUUGGUUUCAUAAAGUUUUCUAUUUUUUCUAAUGCCGGAGAAGUUUUUUCUACCAUAAGGGCCAAAGUUGAGCGUUGAAAAGAUUUUUCCUCUAGCCAUUUUGGUAGCCAGGGAGAAUUAAAUCCCAACAAAAGUUGUAGUGAAAAUAGAAUUAAAGGUAUAGAAAGUAUGACUGUAAAGCCAGGUGGUACCGGUAUAAAUGAUAACGGUAAAGCAAAGAUCAUGAUUAAGAUAGCAAAACCUCGCUCGUGCAGAGCUGUUUUGAUUUCAAAGAGAGUUACCUUAUCAGCAUCAGAGCUAACAACUUCUUUUAAAAUAUCAGAAGCUGAUGUAUUAUUGCUGUUGCUUUUUGACACACAAAAUCCUUAA